CGGAGAGGGCAGGCGGCGCGGGAAGGCGGCUCUCCCAGCAUGGACGGGCCAUGUGUAUCCUAAGGAAUAACAGCAGCUGCUGCGCCCACGAUGGGGAGCAGAGGAAUGCGAGGAGGAGAGGGCUCGCUGGGGCAGCACUCGAAAGGAGUGAAUGAGAUGAACUGUUUGGGUUAUAGUAUCUGAAAGGCUAAAUUAUUCUCUUGGAGAGACGUUCUAAAUGAGCCUGACCGAGAUCCUGGAUCUGUGUGAAGAGGACUAAGGAUAUAGGAUGUCAACUGAGACAGAACUUCAAGUGGCUGUUAAAACCAGCACAAAGAAAGACUCCAAAAAGAAAGGUCAGGAUCGCAGCGAAGCCACUUUGAUAAAGAGGUUCAAGGGCGACGGUGUCCGGUACAAGGCCAAGCUGAUCGGGAUAGAUGAGGUUUCUGCUGCCCGAGGGGACAAGUUAUGCCAGGACUCCAUGAUGAAGCUCAAGGGAAUUGUUGCUGCGGCUCGAUCGAAAGGAGAACAUAAACAAAAAGUCUUCUUAACAGUUUCCUUUGGGGGAAUCAAAAUCUUUGAUGAGAAGACAGGGCUACUCCAGCAUCACCACGCAGUUCAUGAAAUUUCCUACAUUGCAAAGGAUAUCACAGACCACCGAGCGUUUGGAUAUGUGUGUGGAAAGGAGGGAAAUCACAGAUUUGUGGCAAUAAAAACAGCCCAGGCAGCUGAACCUGUAAUCCUGGACUUGCGAGACCUGUUUCAGCUCAUCUAUGAACUGAAACAAAGGGAAGAAAUGGAAAAAAAGGCACAAAAGGACAAACAGUGUGAGCAGGCGGUAUACCAGGUUCCUACCAGCCAAAAGAAGGAAGGUGUUUAUGAUGUGCCAAAAAGUCAACCUGUAAGUCUGGAGAAUGGAAACUUAUUGCUGGACAUUGAUGAAAAUCUUGUUUCAGUCACUCAGGCUGUUACCCAACUAGAGCUUUUUGGGGACAUGUCCACUCCUCCUGAUGUAACCUCUCCCCCAACUCCUGCUACUCCAGGUGAUGCCUUUAUCCCAUCUUCAUCCCAGUCACUCCCUGCUAGUACAGACAUGUUUGGUUCUGUACCUUUCAGCACUGCUGCCGUACCCUCAGGUUAUGUUGCCAUGGGAGCUGUCCUGCCCUCCUUCUGGGGACAGCAACCACUUGUUCAACAGCAGUUGGCCAUGGGUGCCCAGCCUCCAGUCGCUCAGGUGAUGCAGGGAGGACAGCCCAUCGCGUGGGGCCAGCCCGGGAUCUUUCCUCCCACCCAGCAGCCGUGGCCAUCCGUGGCUGGCCAGUUCCAGCCAACUGCCUUCAUGCCAACACAAACUGUUUUGCCUUUACAAGCAGCCAUGUUUCAAGGUACCAUUGCUCCUAUAGCCACCGUCCCGCCCACGAGCGAUUCCAACAGAUCGAGUCCGCAGACAGACAGGCCCAGACAGAAAAUGGGAAAAGAAAUGUUUAAAGAUUUCCAGAUGGCUCAGCCUCCACCAGUGCCAUCAAGAAAACCAGAUCAGCCUUCCCUCAGUUGUACCUCAGAGGCCUUCUCAAGUUACUUUAACAAAGUUGGGAUGGCACAGGAAGCAGAUGAUUGUGAUGACUUUGACAUCUCUCAGUUAAAUUUGACUCCUGUGACUUCCACGACACCAUCUACAAAUUCACCUCCAACCCCUGCACCCAGACAGAGUUCUCCAUCAAAAUCAUCAGCAUCUCAUACGAGUGACCCUGCUGCAGACGACCUCUUUGAAGAGGGGUUUGAAAGCCCAAGCAAAAGUGAGGAGCCAGAGGCUCCUGAUGGGUCUCAGGCCUCCUCCAACAGUGAUCCCUUUGGUGAGCCAACUGGUGAUACUAUAAGUCCACAGGUCGGUAGCUAGAUAGCACAGGUUGGGGAAGCAGAACCUCUCUACGCGCAGAUUAACAGACCUAAGAAAUAGCAUUGUUACAGGCUUGUGGUGCUCCAAGACUCAAACGAAACCCAACAACCUGGCGGGCCUUUGGCUUUCAUGCUUUUUUCUGAUUGAUUUUGUCUGACAAAGGAGAGAGAUUGCCCUCCUGGACUGGCUCUAUGAGUGUUCCUGAUGUGUUUUUUUUGGCAACUAAUGGCAAGAUUCCUACGGCAGCACAAAACAAAAACUCUCCCUGCUUCUCAUACCACGAGUGCAGCCCCGUCCCCACAAGUGCUGGGUCUCAGACUAGGAAAUCUCCUCCAUCUUCUUCUAAACAUUUGUCACCUUCUGUGUGCCACCUAUAAAUAACAAGCAUCUGAAAUUUAUUGGUGUUAGACAUUCCUUUUUUUUUUCUUUUCAGCAAAAAGCAGAGUCUGUAUGCAGCAGUGGCAUUAUCAUUCAACAGCCUUUGGGGCACGAGUUGGCACUUUCUAUGUCACGGUGACAUGUUUUUCAUCAUCAUUUACAUCAGGCUGAUCCUGACCCUUUUUUUUUCCCCCUGUGUAGACAUAUUUAAACAACAACAAAAUGCUGGUGGUGUCUUUUUUUCUUUUUUUCUUUUUUUUUCUUUUUUUUCUUUUUUUUUCUUUCUUACUCUGUAUUUUUAUGAGUGACAGCUCUAACAGCGAAACGCCUCCUGCAGAAAUGAUUCCCAACUUGAAACCACAGAACAGAACUUGGUUGUUUUUCCAUCCUUGACUGAAAAUGUUGCCAAAUGGACCUUUAAGUUCUAGCACAUCAUGAGGAAGAAAUGCUGCUUUCUGUUGGAAUACUCUUGUUGUGGGUAGAGAAAGGACAUCGAGUCCCACUGAGGAAAGACAAAAGAGUCAGUAUUUCCUAGGAAACUCUAAACAAAGUGCAGAAAAGGAAUAUUUUUAUUUCUUCGGUAUCUUGCUGCUGUAAUGCUAUGCAGACAAGUGUUUUCUUCUCUGUGUGCCAUUUUUGAUGAAAAAAAAAAAAAAUCAUUUGCCAAAUAAUACUGGUAUGCUUCUGGUUUAGGAGUUUGGAUGAAGCGGACUUGACAAAUGGGACAAGGACGGCAUGGAUUUUGGAAUAACAAACUGACUCUGUGAUCAGAAUUGUUCAUCUUUAUCACUUUUUGUACAUCAGAAAAAAAUCAAAUGGGAUUUUUAUUUUAUAACUUGAAAAAAAAAAAAUCUUACUGUUAAACUCUUCAAAUGUUUAAGGGGAAAUGGCUUUAAGGAGUUCGAAUGAAAAUUGCCAUUUUUUUUUGUAAAUAUAAAUGUUAUGAAAAUUCUUUUACUAAUGCCAUUACACAGUAGAGAAGGUAGCAAGUUGCAGCGCUUGGGAGGUGUGGCAAACCCAAUUUGUGGUUCUCACAUCACAUAUGUUUUUUCACAUGCUUAACAAUAAUGGGCUGAAGCUCAAGUACAUUUGCCAAAAGCAGUCAGCUUGUCAGCAGCUAGUGAAAUUAAUGGGAACACAUGAUUUGAUGGUCUAGCAUUAUCACACAGACAUAAUUCCACUUACAAGAGAUCACUUUCCAUUGACAUUCCUUUGAACCUCUGCAUAGAAGUCAUCCAACUGUUUACACACAGAACAAAAAGAAUUUAAAACUUCCUUUUUUUACAUUUAUGAAACAAGAAGUGCAGUGUUUAGGUUCAUAUGUUUAGCACAUGAUUUUCAUAAAGAAUCUAUAUAUUUUUGCCCUACAGAGAAUUGUUAUACAGGUCAAAUGUGUUUUCCUGACGUUCCUAUGCAGUUACAGUAUAUUGAAUUUAGUGGUUUAACACUAAAAAGAAAAAAAAAGAAAAAAAAAGAAAAAAAAGAAAAAUAGAAAAAGGAAAAAAGGUUAAAGGAAUCAAAGGAUUAAUCGGUUUUUAGGGUUAUUGUGCAGAUUUUGUUUUUAAAUUGACACAUUAGAAUUUUACAUUUCUGUCAUGAUUAAAAUAGGCCUGGAGUUAUAAAUGUUUUACUUUUUUUCAUCUCUAUUACAAGGUAAAAAUGGUUUAGAAGGCAGAAUAACUGGUGUGCUGAUCGUUGGUAUGUGCAACCAAAUCUCACAACACAAUCCCAUUCUUUUAUUUUGAAUUAGAGAAAUUAGAGAAAUGUGCAUUGCAGAAUGUAUGUGAAUGAGAAAUUAGCUGUGAAUAGACCUAAUGAACCUGCAGAGAGAAUUUUAUCCCCAUCCAUGGUCAUCUGAUGCUUGUUCCUUAGUCAUGUGCAAACAGCUUCAUAGCAAAUUGUAUUUUCCCAUUGGAAGAUCAAGUUUUCUAACUGGAGGAGAUAAUUUAAAGCUUGGUGGAUCAAGUGUUUCAGGAUUAAAAGCAGAGGUAGAAGCGUUUCUGGAGGACAUUUCUGUCAGAAUAUUUUCCUGAUUUGCACAGUGGUGCUACUUUCUUCCUCAGCGGCUUUUUUUUGGGUUUUGUCCCGCACAUGGAACCACAAACCCAGUUUUGGUUCAUCACAGACAUUGGAGGUUUAGUGUCAGUGCAUUUCCAGUUAUGGGGUGAAACACAGAGGAAAGAAGAGAUGGAUGUCUCAGAGGAUCACAUUUGUAGGAAACAGAUCACUCACAAAUAGGUGCCGAGGGAACGAGGCUGGAAUUCUGGUGUCUCUCUCGGGAGACAGCUGGGCCAUCACCACGGACCUUUGUCUGACCUUUGCCAACGCUCAUGAAUAAAAACAGAUUCUGGAUUGUCUUGUCAUAGGAUCGUCCUUGUCGUGGCUGGGAUGCUGAGCUGAGAGGGCUGCAGGGCCUCUGCACUGUACCAGUAUUGUAGAUAACUCAAAUAUCCAGCUUGUGCAAUUGUUUAAUCCCUCAUCCUUCACUAGCACUAAAUUCGUCACUUUAAAUUUACAAACCAGGGAACCCCACCAGCCAUCCUGUUACCAUCCCCCCCGUAGGUUCUUGAUCUUUACCUGUCAUGAAAAGAUAUUUUGAUAGAUCGUAGUCAUCCAAGUGUCUGAUGAAACCUUUCAUCUCAAUAACGUACUGGGCACCUUCUUUGCAAAAAUGUUUACUCCGUGGUUUUCAUCCAUUUUUAUUUCUGCAUUCUGACACUUAUUUUUUUAAUAAAGAUGAGAAAGAUAAAAUGACUGUUGCAGUACAUUUCUAAACCUACUUUAACUUUACCUCAGAUAACGACCAUUUGUUAACGUAUACGGACACAUUAUUUUUAACUUUAUGUGUAACGCAUUCAGCAACAAAAAACAGAAGCCAACAAGUUUUUAGAAAUUUUCCAUUAAUUUCUGUAACACACCAUGUAAUACUGUUAUGAAUAAAAACAUUUUAAAAAGGUGUCAUUUCAGUAAGUUUUGUUUCAUAGCUUGUGUUCCUCUGGGAUAAUUCUGCCAGACUUAAAAUGCAAUGUUGGUGUCUGGCACGACCUUUAUUUUUGACAGUGGCAAUAUCUGGGAAAGGAGAAAAUCCUCAAUUUGGGGAAUAAUUAAUCUUUAACACUAAGUGUUGCUUAUCUUGCAAAUGUGUAACUUGCUGAUUUUAAUUGCUGCCUCCACUUUUUUGGCCUCAUUUUGGGUGUUUUAGGAUGAGCAUCCCAAACCAGGAGGUAUUUGUAUCAUCCCACUUUCCUGGGACAUCCCAUGCUGUGUGAAGCUCCUAAAGCUGGUUUAUCUUUGUGGCAUGAGAAGCUGAAAUUAAUUUUGCUCACUUUUUUCAUUCAAGUGGGAUUUGAAAUUGAAGAUGUGCAUUUUAAACCCCCCCAAAAUUUCCUGUAAUGUGCACAGAACUGAUAAUAAAGCUCAGCUGAGAAGGAAUUUUCCCAUUCUCUGCCAACAGAGUAAUGCAGUAAAAUUUAAGUGUAAGAAAUACAUGUUUUACGUACAGGGGGAAAGAGAGGUGUGGAUGUGUGCACAUAUAUUUUAUUGUAUUCCUAUUUCUUGAUGUCUCAUGCCCAGUAGGUCAUGGUGAAACACUCCUUGCCUUUGUCAAUGAACAUUGUUGAAAUACCUGGAUCCCACCUGAGAAUAAAGGUUAUUCUGCUGUGGUGAAAGCACACCAGUGUUAAUGGCAUUUUGAUUUGUGUGUAGGUAACUGUACCCAGGUGUCCUUGGAAGGAAGAAUGUGAUCUCUGGUCUUCAACCAGCUACAAAACACCAACUUAAAUGAACCACAGCUAAGCAUGGAUUUAAACUGAAAUGCAUUUUUACAAUGAAGGCUAAAUCUGGUCUUGUUGCUCCUCUUCUGGUACCCUCACGGUCAAGUUGGUGGAAAAAUAAGAAAAAAUGUCUCAUGCUAUACAGCUGUUGUGUAAACUCAAUUUCAAAAUGGAGAAUGAGCAGGUUUGAGGUGUAUUCUGACAAUGGUGAGGAAGGGGAAUCUCAAGGAGGGAGGGAAGGACCUGUUCUGUGAGUCCAGAAGGGAUAAGAAUUGAUUCUCACUGUGCUGUGUUUAGGUGCUGUAUCACAUUAAUACUGCUGUAAUUCAGAGUCUCUAAAUUGUACAAGGGAGUGCCCAGCUCAGACAUGACCACUUCAAGAAAUGGUCCCAAUUUAACCAAUGCUAAUUAAGGCCAUGAUCUCCUGCAGUAAUGAGAAUUUCAUUAGCAAACAGUUUGCAGCAUCAGCCUGUGGUUUUCCAGCAGUGAGAACACUGACAUGUCUCUCCUUUCCAUGCCAUGGCUUCUGGGAAAGCAACUGUUUGUACAGACUGGGAAUAUGCAAUUUUCACUCCCUCACGUUGGAUUAAAGGCAAUGUUUUCUGUGCUUUAAUCAUUACUCAGUGACAGUUGCUGCAACAGAGAAGGUAACCUCUUUCUGGCUGUUUUUUAGGUUGUGAAAUACACUUUCAUGCACCGUUUCCUUUUUUCUUUCUUUGCUUUCUAAAGAACUCCUGUUCUGUCAGUUUUCCACAGAGGUUUGAAUCUGUUCUCUACGAUUCCCUCCCUGAGCCAACGUGGGAUGCACGCGGUGAUGAAGGGACACAGUGAAAGUCCAUCAGAGCAUCAGGACGUGGAGGCACAGCUCCUGGCUUCUCCUUCUGCUCCUGUUUGUGCCAUCCUGCGACUCAGCCUCCUGCUCCUGGCUCUGGUUUGAUGUUACUGCUGCAAAAGUUGUGAUUUGUAAGAGUAUUUCUCUCUUGUGCUGAGGUCUUCCAUGAAUUGGUCUUCUCACAGAUUUGCUUUUUAGGAUCAGCCCCAUUAAAAAUCGUUAUUUUUAAUAAAUAAUUUUAAAUUUUAGUUUUAAAUACCCGAGGUAAGACUGGCAUGGGGAAGAAUAAAUGUGUGGGUUUGGUGUUUUUUUCUGGUUUUACUUUCUGUCUGAAAGUGGGGUGAAACUGAAUUACACAUUUCAGCUGAUGACAGUGAGGAAUAUGGGGGAGAUACCCUGAUAGGAUUUCCUGAGUACCUGUAACAUGGCUUGUCUCUUUCUGAAAUUAUCCUAGUGGAGGCAGGAAAUAUCAGGUCUAUUAGUGAAACAGCUCUCCAGCUAUUAGUUUUUAGAGCUUUAAAUAGUCUUAUCUCAAUGGAUGUGUUUGCCCUGUGGCUCAUCUAUCACCCUAAAAUGUUUUAUC